AACCAAUCAGAGGCAGAGUUGGGCGCAUGAGCAGACGUAGAAGACUUUAGUCAGACGGAAGUGGGCAUGUUUUGUUUUUGUUGCAGCUAGCUGAGCAACUCAGGGACUCAACUUUCAACAGUAUUUAGUAGAAAAUAAGAGGUGGUUUUAAGGAUGAACACCAAUUUGAAGCACUGGAAGGAGGCGGCUACUCUCAUUUUGGCCGCCGGACACAGGCUCGGCGUAGCGGACACUUUGUCGUCAAGGACACCGUUGCUGGGCAGCAGUAGCUAUGGACACCUGCCGCACAAGUCCUGCUUCGACUACGACGUGUUACUGCUCAAACGAAGCAGUAAAAGCGGAUUCAUGCCCAACGCGUAUGUGUUUCCCGGCGGCCUGGUGGACUCUUCAGACUUCUCCAGUGAAUGGCUGGACAUCUUCAAGUCUUUCAGGAGCUCUCCUAACUUUGGUUUGAGGAGUGUCACCCAGCCAGAGACUACUAGACCUCCCAUGUUCGCCACAGACCGACUGAAACUGGGCUCUCCUAUACCUGGACACGUCGCCUUCCGCAUCUGCGCCCUGAGGGAGACGUUUGAGGAGUCAGGUGUGCUCCUAGUUGUGCCCAAACAGGAGGAGAACAGUGUGUUAAAAAGCAUAGAGGACAACAAGUGUGCCUCUAAUCAGGUAGACCCACUGCAUUACAAAGCAAACCAUCUGUGCAGUGGUGAGCUCACUAAGUGGAGAGCUCUGGUGAACCAGAACCCCUCCAACUUCAUCAGGAUGUGCAGAGAGCUGCAGGUGUUGCCCAACAUCUGGGCUUUGCACGAGUGGGGCAACUGGCUGACUCCGAAAGGUCGAUACGGUGUGAAGAGGUUUGACACAGCUUUCUUCAUCUGCUGCCUGCAGGAGAUCCCACACACACUGCAAGAUGAGAAGGAGAUAGUGCGCUUUCAGUGGUCCACACCCUCAGAGGUGCUCCAGAGCUACUGGGCACGAGAGUUGUGGAUCGCCCCUCCACAGGUCUAUGAGCUCAGCCGCAUGUGCCGCGUCCCUUUGCUGAAUGACCUCCACAACUUCUCCAGCCAGCGGGCUGCAGAGGGCUGCGAACAGUGGCUGCCUGUUGUUUCCUCAAAAGAUGACUGCUACCUAUCACUGCUGCCAGGUGACAAAGACUACCCACUGGACACCUCUGGAGAGGCUGAGGUGGGUACGAGCUCCGACCCUCAGCUGGAGAAUCCUCAGGAUGAUUCUGCACUGCACCGCUUUGUGAUCGUAGAUUCAUACAGUGCAACUAUACAGAUCACCAUCCCAGCCAAGUGCAAUCAUCUGCUCCCCGUUGUAGAGCAAACCAUUUCACAUGACUCCAAAAGUCAGCUUUGACUUGCCCUACCUGCUGUACGAGUCUCACAACUCUUUUGAGCACAUGCAAUGAAGCAAGCAAGUAUGCUGCUUAUGAUAAUAUCAGAUUGGCCUUUUUCACAGCAGACAUUUUGACUUUUCACAGUAGGAAAAGCACAGAUGUACUAUAAUGAUACUAUUAACACUAACGAUUGCUCUGUUCUAUUCAUCAUUGACUACCCCCUGGAAUUCUGUUCAUCAUUACACACCAUUUUGUUUAAUAAAAAGUUAUUGAAUAAAGAGGGAACAUAAAGCUCUCCACGCUAACAAGCUUGCUAACGAUCAGUUAGCAAUCUCAUUAGCUCAGCUUGGUCCCUAACGUUACUACAAAUCAGUCUCUGAACCCACCGGCUUCCAGUCUGACGGCGGAUAAGCCUCUGGGGUCAAGGGGUUAUUUCUGGAGUUCUGGUGUAGCCAGCUGAUAUCUGGGGCAAGACUUCCUUUUCUGUGCGCUGCUCAUUGUUUACCCCAGGUUAACACUGUUAGAUCUGUCAGGUGCCUUUGUUUGCACUGUUAGCACGAUUAGCUGCCAUAUUGAGAGCCGUGUGUAGGCAUUACGUAUGCUCUGAAUUUCGAAUUGAGCGCCUUUUAAGGUGCUCUUUUUUUUUCUUCUUCCAUGUUGACUGUUACAUCAAAUUCAUUGCCAUCAGAUCUAGAGAGGUCUGUCCCUCCACCUUCUCCUUUACUUGUUUUUUUAUAUAUAACUAAUUUAUAAUUUACAAAUAAGAAGUGAUUGCUAAUGGCCUUAUUGUAAAAAGAUUUUACUCGGAUACUAAUUUCUAUUUGCAGCACACAUAAAGUGAGGAGGCCACUUUAAGAGGAUCAUCAGACUUGUAGUGGUUCAGGCCAAAUUUGUUUUAGUGUAUGCUGCUGGCUUUUGUUUGAUCAAUGGAACUCAUUCCUUAAGAAAUAUGCUGAUUACAAAAAUAUGACCGUUAAAUCUGAUUUUUUUAUAAUUAUUUAUUAUGUCAAAGCUAUUGCCGGGGGGGGGGCAAAAUUACAAGGGAUCUUGCUGGCCCACUCGUGGUGAGAUAUUAAGAAUCGUGUUCUAUGUGGAAAUACAUACUAAACAGUUUUUUUAAAGAUGCUCUAAAUGACAUUCAGAGCAUUAAUAUAGCAUCAAACAACUAUUUACUAUAUAAAGAUAUAGAGGACUAAUGUUUACCUGAGCAGAGAAUGAAUUCUG